UCUAAGAGGAGCGUUUGCGUGUUCGUUGUGCAAUCAAAUGUAUUCGGGCGAAGUAGUGUGUUUGUGUGUAGUGUAUUGCUACCUAAGUGAAAAAAAAUUAUUUACGAUGUAGUGUUCACGCAGGCUGUUCUAAAUGAACAGAGUUAAAAUGAUCCAUCAAUUUUAAUUUAAAGAUAAACUGCGUGAUCUCCUGUUGAAUUAUUGUUUUCUUAUCAGUUGGUAUAAGUAGAAACUAACAUCUACUUGCUCCGUUUCCGAUGGCUUGGCAAUAUAUUUUGUUAUAAGCGGUAAAAUCUGUGAUUCUGCAUAUCAUUUGUUCAAGUGAAGACAAAAGUAUUAUUCUGAAAUAAGUUUGAGCUCUAUGUACACAAUGGCAGAAAACUCUGAAAAUAAGACUGAAGAUUUAAUUGAUCUUGAUAUUGAUUCAUCUAUCUUGUUAGCAUAUGAACUUGAAAAAUUGAAUUUAGCAAGUAUUCCAAGUGACAUAGCUGAAUCAUUGAAUUCUCUGGAAAAAAAGGAAUCUCACGAAACUGGAACUCAAGAUGAUUUUCAUGUUAUAAAACUAGAAGAUAACACUUAUGCACUGAAACAAGAGGCUGCUGCCUGUACUAUGAAAGAUAAUCAUAAUGCAAGCAAUCUGAAAAAAGAAAAUGAAAAUCAUAGUCUCUCUUCUGUUGAAAUUAACAUUGAUUCAUUAGUUCUUGAAUACUCUUCAGAUGAAUUAUGUAAUGAAUCAGAAAAAAGUUCUAAAGAUGUGAAAUCAUUUUGUGAUACAUAUGAUUCAUUGAUCUCUAAAGAAGGUAAAAAUGUAAACAUUAAAACUGAAUUGAAUGUAAAUGAAGUCAUAAAUGAUGAUAUAAAUAAUUUGUUAAAUGACUUAGUGAUAUUACACGUAAAUGAUGGUGAAAAGCCUGAUUUGCGAGAGAUAUCAGAUGUAAAUGAUGAAAAGUCUGAUUUGCAAGAGAUAUCAAAUAUAAAUGAUGUCGAAAAGUCUGAUUUGCGAGAGAUAUCAGGUGUAAAUGAUGAGGAAAAGUCUGAUUUGCGAGAAAGAGCACCUCUACGAACACGAAGACAUUUGCCUAAUCGACAAAACAGAGGUCAACUCAAUUUGUACAAUAUUUCUGACUUUGACCACAGUACACUGCUCCACUUGUCUUUUGGAAGUGUGAAAGAUAACAGUUUGUCAAAUGAAAACCUCAAUUCUUAUGUGACAUUUGACUUUUCUCAGAGUUACGAAACAGAUGGUCAGUUUGGUGAUCAAAAUAUCAGUAGUCCAGAAAGUGGUUACGUUCCUUCUCCGGCAAGCACUUUUUCCGACAGCGAUGCCAGCUAUUACCAACCGGAUUUUAUCGAUGAGGAAAUUGUUAUUGACGGUCUGUUAGAACUCGGUGUUAAUGAUCUUGAAAAUAAAUGUAACACUGUAGAUAAUAAAACAGACACAAUUGAAGAAAUAAAGAACUUUUUGAAAGAUACAGAUUCAAGUAAGCAUUCAAAAGAUAUUUCUGAACCUAACAUUAAUGAAAUACAGAAAGAAUUAUCAUUAGUAAGAAAUGAAUCAAAGCAAAGCAUAUUGAAAACUGAAGUAAAAAACCAUAUUGUUAAACAUGCUGAUAUAGCUCCCAGACCUUUACCCUGUGAAGCAAAAAUAGCUCUCCGUUCUUCUUUAAAUAAAGAAAAGUAUCUUAAUGAACAAUCCAAACUAUUAAGGAGAAUCCAAGAUGAAGAACUAAAAGGAAAAGAUGUAAAAGUAAUAUAUGUUCUGGAAGAAAAAGAAAUAAAUAAGCCAAAACAGCAAACAAAUUUGCAUUUGGCUGUUAUAAAUUGGAACAUUGAAGAAAUAUAUAAUAUAGUGGAAUUUCACAAAAAGUACAAGAAUCCAUAUUCACAUAUAAAUAAUAGAGAUGCAUUUGGCAAGACUGCCUUGGACUAUGCCUUAGAAAAUUCAGAGAAGCCAAAUAUGCGAGAGGUAGUAAAAUACCUCAUAGAAAACACUGCACAGAAAUCCAUAGAAGUAUGAAAGAACAAUGUGAAUAAUGUUUUUCUGUGAAAAUGAUGUCAAACUGUAUAAAACUAUAAAGUUUUUUAAACACGCGAAUAUUUUUAUAAAAUGUUAUCAUUUGUAAUAUCAUAUCAUUUGUGUAUCAAGUGAUAUCAAAUAUGUUUCUAUGCAUUAUUCUGCUGACAAGUGCAAUUUUUGUACAUAUGCCUGGUAUAAUUUUUAAUAAUAGUGCAAAAUGCAACGCAGAAAAAUGAGUAAUGCAGUGUUAUGCAAGAACUAUUAAAGAAAAAGGCCAGUGAUUGAUUUUUUAGUGUAUAGGAAGUGAAAAUAAAGCAAAAUUUUUCUGUAAAAGCUGGCAUUAUUUCAUGUUAAGAAUUUAUUUUAAAAUACUGAUUGUGACCUGUUAGUUUACUACAAUGCUGUGAUAAAAUAUUAGAAAUUGACACAUCAAAGCAAUUUUUUUCCCCCAUUAUUUCUUGAUUCUAUAAAACUUUGCUAAACUCUUUUUAUUCUGCAGAGUUUAAAAUUAUAAUGAGAUAUUAUUCUCUCUGUUAUUUAAAUUAAAUUUUUAUUAAAGAUAGGACUGAAGUUACUCGUAUUUUUGCACAGUAUUUUUAUGUGCUAGCUUUUAACUUUUGUGUUACAGAUAUUGUAGCAUCACAUUGUUCAUAUUUUUGUGUUUAAUGCUUUUUUAAUAUGAAAUACAUGAUAUUCAGAAAAGAUUGUUGUAGACUUUUAACUACUGAUCCUAGACGUGAAUUUGCAAUUUCAGUUUCUUAAAAUAAGGUAGAUAAUUUUUUGAAAAUAAUUUAUUGCUGUGGAAGAUUCUGAAUAAAUAAAUAAAUAAAUAAAUAAAAAUUCAUCUUGUUUGAUUCUUACAAAACAGUAUACUAAGUUACACAGUUAUUUUUAAAUUUGAUUAAAAAAUAUAUCUACAUCUUUAUGUGCAGAUUUUGUAGAGACCUAAAUGAUAAUUUAGAAGUCAAACAACAAAAAUCACCAUUAUAUUUUCAAUGACUUCUAAACGAAUACUUGUUUGGCAUGUUAUUGUAUCUUAUCUUAGGAGAUACUUUCAGAGUAUGGCUGUGUUAACUAUGAAUACUAUUUCAUCCCAAAAUGACAUCUUUAACCGCUAAAAACAAGCAAGUUUUGUAUUGUAAUUGAUCUCUCAAUCCUCCUUAAUUCAGAUUCAGUCUUCCUUAUCUGUAGUUCAAAUUGAUAUGCCAUAUCUGUCAGCUCUCUCGUUUUUUCUGCAUACCUCCCAAUAGAUCACCGAAUCUCUUGAAUUUUAAUCAUUUUCCCAGCAAUAAACUUAUUAAUUAAUGAAAUUUUAAUUUUGUUUUGCAUCAAUAUAUAAUAUUAGUAAGUUCAUAUCUACACAAUAGUAUGUACAUGAAUUAUUGCAUUUAUUAUCAUCGUAUUUAAAGCACUUUGAUAAAUAAAAACUUUUUUUCAGUGCUUCAGAAUUUUGUAGCAUAAAAGUAUAAAAAAAUUACAAAACUAAAUUACUAAAGAGUAUAAAAUCUAUAAUAUAUAAUUACAUAUUAAUAUAUUUUACUUAAUAGACAUAUCAUAAAUUGUUCAGUAACUCAUACAUUAUAAAUAAAUUUAAGUCAGUUUAGGGUUCUUUUGAAGGAGAGGCCAUAUAAUGUAAAAACUUCCAUUUUUUUUUUUUUUUUUUUUCUUCAAUGUUAGCAGAGAAAAAUGUUGUUAAAUUUGUUCUUGAAUCUCUGUAGUUUUGCAUAUAAAUGUGUGAUUUUUAUUUUUCCGUCAAAAGAUAAUGAAUAUUUUAUUAAUUGUAAUGCAACCGUACAGGAAUCGUGUAAAACGAUUCCCGUACAAUUGCAUUCCUGUACAAUUUUUACUGAACUGAAUUGCUCACAUUGUUGAAACUGUUUUAAUAAAAUUUUGUACAUACUUUUUUCAAAGUUUUGGCAUUAGAAUUACAUGUAGAACAAUAAUGCUUUAAUAUGUGAGUAUAUGUGAUCCCCUUUCCCAGAUUACUGUUGUACAGUUAAAUAUUCAUAAUUAUUGUGAUCCCUAGUUUCUUCAAGUGUUCUGAAUAUUUUAGAACCUGGAUAUAGGAUAAUGGUUGGUAGAAGCAGGCUACAUUUGCUGAGCAUAAGCAGGGAUGUUUGUAAUAUUCUUGGGGAAGAGGCACUUUAAAUAAUCAGAAAUCCAUAAGUCCUCUUUGAAAGAUGAUAAAAUUCCCAGAUUCUGUCUCCUCAAUCAAAAUCGGGACUGUCUGAUUUACAUCAAAAGUAUAAUCUUGGUCUAAAUAUUUAAGUAUGGCUGUUUUUGUUGUAAUAUGAGUUUGUAAAUUUUACACUUUGCUUUUGUCAUAUCUAGUAUUCAAUUAUUAGUUAUGAAUUCUGUGCAUAUGAUCCUUUGUAAUUACAAUACUUUGUUCAGCUGUGUAUUGUAUCCUUAUUUCUUAUUAAAUAUGUUUAUAUAUGUUAGUUUCCAUUAUUCUAUACCUGAAAUUUGUUAUACUUGCAUAUAUAUAUGAAGCAUGAAAAAUGUUUUAAAAUAGGAAAAAGCAAGAAAUUAAGGAUAAUUUCUUGCUUGAAUAUUAUUAAUUUAGUUUAAUUGAAUUUGAAUUAAGUAAAAGAAAUAUCACUUUUAUAAUAAUGUUAAUUUAUACUCUUCCCCAAUAUUUGUGAAAAACUGCUCCCCCUUUUUUUUGUAGUACAUAGUUACUAUCUUGUGUACAAAAUUUCAUUGUGUUUGUUGUUAAAAAUAUUGAUGAUUAAUCAUUGACUCAUACAUUGAAUUGUUGACACAUAUGAAUUAAAAAUUAUUUGUUUACUUUAUAAUUUUAUAGCCACUGAUGUCCAAAAUGGAAAUGUUAAUAAAUAUAUAUAUUUUUGAGAA